AAAUAGGUUUUCCUCUGCCUUUACGUCUUUGUUCGAACUCCCUCUUCCAUUCCCUCCUUCGUUCCCGCGCUCCCGUUCUCGCACUCGUCUUUGUUGGGUUGAUUUCGCACUCCUUGUUGUUGUAGUUCUUCAAUCCCUGUCUAAACUCUUGACGAAGGAGAGACAUCACACUUAAUUUCAUUCUAUUUUUCUUUGGUUUGAUCGGUACAGUUAAGCAAUGAAGUUUGACAGAACAGAUGCUCUGUCAAUUUUGUCACAAAUUAAGCGUCAGGAUAAACAGAUUAAACUUAAGAGUAGAUGGUUACUUGGCAUUCCUCCCACAAGAUAUGAGAGGAAGAAGUUGAAAAAAUAUUUCAAAAAUAGGUAUUUAUCUGAGUCUUUGAUCAGAGAAGAGGAUAUGUUUUAUGAGUCAGUAAAAACUCAUCUUGAAGAUGCCGAUGGAGAACACUGCUUUGAACAAGAGAACGAUAUUCCUAAGGGUGAUAUGGAUUUGAUUCAAACACUGAACAUGAAAAGGUUGAUAUCACCGUUGCUUGAUAAUUUGACUACCAAGGGUCUCUAUCUUCUCGCUAUGAUAGUUACUGGUAGUUCAUUUAAGUCUGAAAUAACUCGUUGCAAAAUGAAAAGGGUUAUCAAGGAUUCCCUUUCGUGUGUUCUGGGCAGCAAAAGCCGCCAUAAUCAUCUGGAUACUUGUAAACAAAUUUUUUUACUUCUCAACAAUCCACAGAAUUUUCGAGACAGGUGUGAGCCUUUGGGUGCAUUGAGAUCCCUCUCUUAUCAUGCUGCGGCAGAAAAGGCAUUACACAGUCUUCAAAACUUGCCAUCUCAGACCUUGAUUGCAAUGCGUAGAAAACUUAAAGGAGUGAAAGCACCAGUACCGCAGUUACAACCCCGCAAGCAUGGAUGGGCAAGAGACCAUCUAAUCAAGCUAGUGAAGAAGAUCAGUAUGGAAAUGCUUUCAAAACUUGAUAGAGAAAGUGAGUUGCCAGAGCCAUUAGCCAAAGCUAUGGCAGUAGCAGACUUAUCACUAAAACUCACAACUGGUUCUCAUAACAUGUUUUCAAAAGAAUUUUAUCAAUUCUCCCCUGAGGUGAAGUCCUUGCAAAGUGAUAUUAUUAAGGCUAUAUGGUCUGUUAAGAAAGUAACGACAGUGCCAGAGCUAAGAAAUUUACAGCUUCUCAUAGAACCAAAGGCUACAAUAUCAAACCGGUGCAUUCGGACAACUUUUGUAAAUUUUUUAACUGAAUUUCUUUUUGAGUGCAGUGAUAUGGAUAGUGUUCCGAAGUCUCUAUCACAGACCCUAGAUGUUAUUAACAGAGGUCCUAAUAAUGGUGGCAUGUACAAUGUACUAUUCAAAAAGAAGUAUAUCGAGGAAGAAGUUGACUGCAUACUAAACAUUGGUGCUUUGACAAAACAAAUUGUUUUGGAUUUGUUGCCUGAUGAUAAAUUUGAUAAAGACUUUACUGAUGCUUACAUGGAGCAAUUAGAAGAAAGUGAUGACAGUGACAGCGACAGCGACGAGGAUGGUGGUAGUCAACUUCAGGAGGACAUACGAUUCGGAAAUGGAUCAUUUGAUUCAAUCGAUACAUGCAAUGAAGUUGAAAGUAUUGGAGAUUUUGUGCCAUUUGAGUUCCUUUCUUGUACCAUCAAAAUUGAGGAAAAUGUUUCAUCUUCUCCACUUACAGUUAGUGGUAGGUUGAAUAGUGGUUCUGAACGACUUCAACCUAAUAAAUGUUGUAGUGUAAAUUUGGAAUCUGAAUUUCACAAUACUACACAUAACAUGUUAACUGACCAAUGCCAAGGAGAAAGCACAGAGCAUUUUAGUACAUUUAUGGCUGGCAAAAACAAUAAUUCUUCGUUUGUUUCACCUGACAGAGAGUUGGAUGAAAAGGUUGUAAAGAGAAAUCAUUUGUUUGAAUCUGUUACUAAAAUAGCUGCAACGGACACAACUAAUUUGUUUUCUGAGGAGAAAGAACCUGUGCCCACUAAGCACAGUGCAUGCAAAAACCAAUACCUUGCUAUCCAAGAUGCUUGUGAUAAGACAAGUAUGCUUGCAUAUAGUCUUGUAGGUCGUAUGUUGCAUGAGUUUGUCCAAACCGAAGGCCUAGAUUUAAACAUGAGCAAGAGUUUAUACCUCAACCGUAAUAAUCUCACCGAAGAUGUUGAAGAUAUAGAAGAGCAGUCAUCAUUUAGGAAACAUGCAAGAGAUUUUGUUCAAGUAAUUGAAGAGUUGAUUCCUUCCUUUCCAAAUAGUAGCAUGGAAAGACUGAAGAUUUUGAUGGGCUCACAAUAACGGAACUCAGGGUUUCAGGUUCAAACAUUUUCAAAUAGGCUUGACCCAGUUGUGAGCUUGCUUGGUGUGAGCUUUACCCUUCCCUCCAAGGAAUUUUUGUCACAAAUGGAUUCUCUGCCAUAACAAAAAGAGCUCGCCACAGAGGAAUCUUAUAAUUUUAAGCCUCCAUCAAUUCUUGCUACAACGGAUGGAUAGCCUUGUCAUCGAGUUUAUUGCAUCGCUGUAGUUGUUGAGAAGAAUGGAAGCACCAUGGUGUAAGUGUUGUAUGCUUUAUUUGAGUACAUUUUGGUGCGAAAAUUCAACGACUGGGAAUUGCUGGAAUGUUUUAGUGUGCGGCAUUUAUUAAUGAUAACAUUAAUUGCAAUUUGUUAUUGUGAAACAGCCCUUACAUAGUUCCUAAAUCGAAACUAAAAUGUUAUUGAAUUGCUGCUGAAACCUGUUUAGGUUAAUAUGAUUGUGUGUUGUUUCAGAAUGAUAGAACUCUUAGUAAUAUAGGAUUUGGUAUAUAUAUUUUGGUGUUAUAGUUAUGUUUAGAUACUGUAAUAACAUUUUAUAUGUUCUCUUUGAAUUAAGAAUUUAUAGUAAUUUAAUAUUAUUAAAAAGGAUGUUAAUAU